CCAACGAUCGCAAUCCCAGGCAAUCCAUCGGGGAAAUCCUUUACGAUGCGAAGGAAUCGUAUUCAUCCAGGUGCGAGUGAGCGUCGGGGUUCCGUCGUCGUGUGUCGUGCGUCUUCGCCGCCCGGUCUGUCCUCAGCCCAAGAGUUCAACUUUCGUAAGCGCGUCCCGAAAGGCACAGUCCGGAAGGUCUUUCGAUUCGGGAACAUCCCUUGUUACUGAGUUUCGGUACGGUGGUUUUUCGAACCCUUCCCUCAUGAUGGUAUCGAGGACUGAAUAUCUUGCCUGGGUACUCGCUACAUUCCUUCUUCUGGAGGCAGGAGAGGCAGGAGGAUGCGAGAAUCCGGAUGAUUUCUGCAAGAGACUUUACAAUAGGGAAACAGGGGAGGAUCCUUGUCCCUCUUCGCAUCUACAAUGCGGAUCCUGCUUGGAUGGAGGAGUGGUCGGAUGGGAGGGAGGGUGACGUGUGUCUGCCGAUCGCUGCGUUCGAUUCUGAAGAGGAUCCUGGUCAUUCCGUUCAUCUGGAUUCCGGAGAGACUGGGAUUCAAGGCAAAGGACAAGGACAAGAUCAAGGAAACGAUCAAGAUCAAGGACAAGAUCAAGGACAAGGACAAGGAGUGAACCUUGUGUCCGUCAUCGUCCCGAUCGCCGUCCUCGCCUGCUGCAUUAUCGUCGGCUUCUGGCUUUGGUCGAGGAAGAGGAGGCAGAACUCGAAUCCGUCGGACGUAGAAAGAGAUUCGGAGUUGGACUCGGAACCCAUCGUCCGCAGUUCCUUCUCCACGUCGUCCACGGUUCGCUUCGAACCACGCUUUUCGGCCGUCGGCCCAUGCAUGCGAAGCGGGCCUCGGCAGCUUUAUCAUGAAAACACAACGCUCCUGCAUGGAGAAGGAAGCGUUCGGGCGGAGACGCCGUCGAAAAUGCAUCAUGGAAUUAUUCCCGAGGAAGUUGAGAGAGUUCUUGGAGCCAUACCGUCGAACUGGGAAGAUUUCGGGAACAACCCUUAUUCGGCACACCAUUGCGUACCUGGGAUCGGAGACGGGACUGGAUUCCUGGCUCCUCCAACCUCUUCUGAAGCUGACCUCUCAAGCAUCUCUGGGGGUUCGCCCCCUCGAUCGCUGCCUGAUUCGGGUUCGUCCUCCUGGUCGGAAGCUGACUCAUCCGCAAGCGGGACACUCUCUCCUUCUCUUACCAUCCGGUCGCUGCCUUGCCCACCUUCCCUUCUGUCAGUCCCUUCUCCACCCCCUACCCCAUCGUCCGCUCCGCCCCUGUCCUCCACUGAAUCAUCUGCGUCACCUUCCUCUCCACUGUUCUACGGGUCACCACCUACAUCAGCCCUACCAGAAUCUGGAAGGCAGUGGAAAUCGACCACAUCCGAAGAGCAUGCCCACGAGAUUCAAGCCAUGUUUCUCUUCACAAGUGAAUCCAUGGCAUCAUUUUCGUCAAAGUCUCAUCACGACGAGGUUGGCCGUCAUUAAUAGUCGCAGCCAGCAAACAGCCAGCUAUCUAGAUCUCCGCUAUCGUGCCAUGCAUCAUGCCUUUGCUAUGGCAAGAUUUUUGUUACGUUCUCUCA